AUGUCCAAAAAACUCAUUGUUGUUGUUGGCGCGACGGGCAAUCAGGGUGGUUCCGUUGCCCGCCGCUUCCUCGCAGCGGGCUACCGCGUCCGAGGUCUCACGCGUACCACCGCCUCUUCUGCCGCCACCGCGCUGGCAUCUGCAGGGGUGGAAAUGGUGCAGGCAGACCUCGAUGACGUUCAAUCGUUGAAGGAGGCGUUUCGUGGUGCGAAUGCCAUUUUCAGUGUGACGAACUAUUGGGAGCCAUUCUUUUCAGGCCGCGCAGAGGCACAGGAAAUGGAUAUCUCAUGCCGCGAAUACGCUUACGAUAUUGAGUUUCUCCAGGGAAAGAACAUUGCGGAUGCUGCAGCUGCAACGGUGGAUACUCUGGAUGAAAAUGGUUUCUUCGCUUCGACGCUCAGUCAUGCCGACAAAUGCAGCGACGGGAAAUUCGAAGAACUAUACCACUUCGAUGCGAAGGCUGACAUUUUUCCUGGAUACGUAAACAAGAAGUAUCCCUCCUUAGCGGCAAAGAUGUCGUGCAUCCACACAGGCUACUUCUUUACCAGCUACAACAUCUUACCGGACUCUUACUUCAAAAAGAACCCCGAUGGCACAUUCACGAUGGCAUUCACCACGAUACCAGUUAAACCUGUCCCUCACUUCGAUCCGGUAGGAGAUAUGGGCGUUUUUACCUAUGCCGUCUCGCAAAUGCCUCCAGGAAAGGCCUACAUGGCAGCAGGAACAACGUGCACGUGGCCUGAGUUCCUUGAGACGUGGGCCAAGAUCAACGGUGUUAAAGCUAACUACAAGCAAGUCUCACCGGAAGAGAUGAUCGAAUCUACGGAAGAUCGCGAAACUGGCAUCGAGGUCGCUGCCAUGUAUUCCUACGCGAGCGAUCCUGGUUAUGAUGGUGGUAUGAAUUUGUUAACGGCGAUCGACCUUCAAAAGGCUGGGAUCGAUUGUCCAAUGACAACGUGGGAGGACUGGGCGAAGAAGCACGACUGGUCUUCUGUCCUUAACAAGUAG